AUGGUCCUUUCCCCAGCAAAUCACCACACUACGACCACAUCAAACUUCCCACCAUCUCAUCCACAGAAGCAAGAUAGAUUCAUUUGGUCUCCAUCCCCUUCAGGGAAAUUCUCAAUUGCCAACACAAUGAAACACAUAAACAGGCAUCUUCCGACCUUUCAUUGGCCACAUCUUGUUCGGACUAAACCUUUGAUACCUAAACACUCCUUUAUUCUCUGGGUUGCCAUUAACCUUCGCCUACCAACACUUGACAGGAGGUGUAAUUCACAUAUUGACGCCACUACUUGCAUCCUCUGCAGUUCGGAUUUGGAGUCCCACGAUCACCUUUUUUUCAAGUAUAGCUUUGUCAAGCCCAUGUGGAACUUCUUACAAACACGUUGUGGGUUCCAUAUCUUGCCGGCAUCUUGGUCUGAGUUCAUUACUUGGGCAUCCUAUCAUUGGAAAGGGAAAUCAAAUUCAUGGUUUUACAACAAUUCAAUUUCCAGAUUGGCAUUGGCUGCAUUGGUUUACAACAUCUGGAAUGAGCGUAACAAUCGAAUUUUCAAGAAAAAGUUUGCCUCUGCAAAUGCGGUGCUGCACCAAACACUACAAUCAAUUAGAUGGAAGUUGAUGUCCUCUCCUAUUAAAGAUUCCUUGAUAUCAAUCGAUUAUAUGCAGAAUGGGGGAUCCUUCUUCCACCUGAUCAGCCUCCGGAUCACUGAUAUUGUGAAGCUUCCUCCAUGA